AUGGGUCCUCAAGGGGCCUUCGAUCUCCGCCAUAACCCCCGUGUCAACGACGCUCGACCUCAUCCCAGUGGCUUCGGAGGGAGGGGUGAGAGGGCUCCGUGUGGACUGCAGAGGAGAGAAGGGAGGGAGAAGGAGGGGAAUGGGUGGGUGUGCGGGGAUGAUGGGUGCAUGGAAGAGAGGGGAGGGAGAAGGAGGGAGGGUGUCGGGAUGGGCCAAAAGUUGGGGUUAGUUUGUGCUUACUAUGGAUUGAAGAAACCUCCUUAUAUUCUUGAUGCUUUGGAGCCGUAUAUGAGUCAGAGAACAUUGGAAGUUCAUUGGGAAGGCCAUCAUCGAAACUAUGUUGAAGGUCUGAACAAACAACUGGAGAAGAGUGACGUACUAUAUGGCUACAUUUUUUAUGAACUUGUCAAAGCAACAUAUAAUAAUGGGAAUCCUUUACCUGAAUUUAACAACGCUGCUCAGGUGAAUACACACCUCACGCUCCGCCCAAUAUUACUUACUAGGCAUGGAGAGAGUAAGGAUAAUGUUAGAGGCAGAAUUGGAGAAGACAAUCCUUUGAGUUUCAUUUCAGUCUAUUAUACAAUUUGGUUUUGCCUCAUUAUAAGACUUGUUCCUUUGAAGGAGGAAGUGACAACCCUAAGGAGUCAGCUUGCGGUCCAUGGCGAGGAGAUGAAGGCCUAUGUCGGGCAUGUGAGAGAUCUUGUAUGA